UAUUAUGGUAAUGUUUAUUUUUUAAAUGAAGUUUUACCUAAAUUUUUAAACAUUUAGGACAAUUAAAAUUAUGUCUUAUGCCUUUGCGAUCAUCCAAACAACUAGGAAUACAGGAUGUACAAAUAAAUCAAAAUAAGCAAAGAAGCGGUAUAAAUUCAACAUGAAUAGUUUUUUUACCAGAAUGGUUAGUGAAUACUGCACUAACCUUAUGAUAAAAUAAGAAAUACUUUAUUUUAACACCCAGAACAUUUGA